GUUUCGUCGUUUUGCAGGAAGGACGACAAGCAGUUUCAAGCAGAUCAAACGAACUGUGUAACACUACACACGAGAACGAACGUCAAAAAUGAGUUCGGAAAAUCUUACAAACACCAAACGGAGAAAACAAAGCGGCUCUCAAAUGAGCCUCGGUCAAGACCAUCCGAUGGAGAUGUCUUCAAGGCCCGCGUCAGCUUACUCGCGAAAUGCCUGGAAUGAGAACGACGUGACGGACGACAUAGAUUUCUCUCCCAGAGCUACAGCCACAGCCGUCGAUGUUUCUCCCACCGGUAUGGAAGCUGAGCCUGUCUCGCAUCAGAAACAAAUGCCCGCAGACGUCCGCGCUGGGGUUGAAGAACGUAAUGUGCCUGUGGGAUGUUGGACGCGAUUCAAAAGAAUCGUACGCAGUAAGUUUACCCUUACUUGCCUUUACAUUCAGCGGAUACUUUAAGGACGCGCACGUUUCGUAAUUAUGCGGAGUUGACGCAUUCUAGUUUUCACAAUUUUAGCGAAAAUUUAAAGCUAUUAACAACGACGCAACACGCAAGAAGUUUUUAAGGCGAUUUAAUACUAAAUCUAGUAGCUCGUCAUUGAACACAAACAAAACCAAAGCGGAACUGGUUUACGAAGUUUGAGUCUAUUACUUAUUAGUCUAUAGACUCUAUACAGAAUUCUAAACCUAUCGACUGAUUCUUCUCUUCCCUCCCAAAUAAAUUCAAGUACAUUAACAAACCACCAGUAUACGCAACAACCUCGAGCUCUAAAUCAAGCGUUCAAUACUAAUAUAUUUAGAAGUUGGACUAUAGAAAAACAUUCGUGUUGUAAUGUGAGAUGCACACAAAUAACGCCGGAGUCUAAAUACUGCCACCAAUUGCAAUUGCUAUGUAGCCUAAUAUAAUAGAGUGUUAUUUUGCCAUUCGAAUACUUCAAGUACUGCAUAGUGCAAUAAAGCCCAUUAUUAUGCAGCUUAGUUUGACCUUGUACUUAAACAAAGGUAUUGGGACAGUAAUAUAAGACAUAUAAUCUUAGAUUUUAAUAUUGCGCAUAUUGCGAUUUGAACAUUGUUCUAUAUACUCUACUAUAAGUAUAUACUCUAUAGACUAUAGGCAUAGCUAUGUGAAGGCCCGUUUACACUUACUUUUCUCUUAUGAUGCAUAUCAACGAGUAAAUGAGUUACAAAUGUUUUGAGUAUGUGUAACCUCAUCUGAACAUCGAUAACUCAUCUACUCAUUCACAUGCAUCAGAAGACGAAAAAUCGAAAAUCGCUCUAGAAAUCGCAGGAACUUAAGACUAUGUCCAAUUUUCGGACGGGCUUAAGACUAUGUCCAAUUUUCCUAAACCAUUGCCUGCAGUAAAUGCCCAUGACUCAAAUACAAUUAUGUCCAUGUCCAAAAUUAAAUGUUCUAUAUCGUUGGCCUGUAUUUCAACCUUAGCCUAACUGGAUUAGCUGGUUAGUCAGCUUGGAUACAGCUGAAAAAUGAUGGCGUAAUUAUUUUCGCUCCGACUGUACAAAAUAUUUUUCAUACUGGCGUAUUCGUGCAUAAUUCCUGUAUCGCGUUGAAUACAUAGGGAAUACAGAUAAUCAUUGAACGAAUAGGCAUCUACUUUGAACAAAACGGAUAUGCAGAACGUUACAGAUAUUCAGAUGUUCAGUAUCGACAAUUUCCAUAUAAUUUUCAUGUAAACCGAACCGGCUUUGGCUUUGGUUUUGUAACUUACAAAUAUUUACAGUUGCCAGUUGGCAAUAUUAAACGGCUAACAUGCGUUAUUACUGAACGCCUCAUUGGACAGAUGGAAAAGUUUAGUAUGUAAUUCUUUCCAUCGAAAUACAAAGGAUAUGCAUGUCGAGAAUUUUUUAAAGGGAAGAAAAUUCCAACUGCGAACAAUUUUAUUUUCUAAUUAAGUCGAAAAAAGACUUGACGUGCGUGAUGAAUUUUAAAUUUUUGCCAAGCCCAAGCCAGGAAAAUGUAGUAUAGUAGUGUAAUGUUACUGUUUGUUUUUGAUACUGGGAUAAUAAGGCUAGUGUUCUUCUAGUUUUACAGGUUAGUUUAGCUUUGCCUUGGCGUAUUUCGAUUUACAGUCGUUCUAAUUGUGUGCACCUGCCGGACGGCCCAAUACCAUAUUUGGCAAAUUAAUGAUUGACUGACAGAAUACUUAAUGCCUGAUUAGCAACAACCGGCUAGUCAAUUUCACUUGUCCUAAGCAUUUCUUAAUUUCAGGUUGUUUUUAGUAAAAUGCCCAUACAGAAAGAUCCAAUAAACACGCUUGGACAAUAAAUUUCUAAUAGAAGAUAAGAAUGACAAGAUGAUAGCAUGUCGAAGUAGCGCAGUAACAGGUAGUUUAUAUACCGUCAUAGAAACGGUGACGCAAAGCCAAAGGAAACAAUCGUACUGCAGUACGCAUUACAUAUUUUUUUGGCACAUGCAAAAAUAAAUGUGCAAUGAUGCAUGUAUAGCCAGGAAUGAUAUAGAAAUGCAAAGAAUACAAAAAUAUAGAAAAAUUUAGGAACUUUAAUUCAGUCUACAAAUUUUAAAAUUUGUAAAAAUUAAAUGAUGUAAAAUUUGCUUAAAUCUUAAUCAUCCCCUACUUCUUUUUUUAAAGAAUCAUAGUCUUCUUUGUUUUCUCCAGUAUUUUUCCUAUACGAAAUCUGUUUUGUUGUGAGACAUAUAUAGAAAAAUGCCGUAAAAACUGACUAACUCCAGAGCCACUGUGUCACUCAGUGUCAGUAUGUCAGACCACAGUUAAUAGAAUGAGACUACAUUAUCUCCAAUAUCCCACACUACCAGAACACAACACUCAACGACAGCAGUUACAGAAACGACUUAGAUAUAAAUCUGCUAGAAUAUUCUGCGGUUAAGUUUAACUGUCAGUGUCAAAUAUCAAUGACAGCUGUGUGGUUUUAGUUCUUGGCCCAUUUUCUGUUUUUUGUUUGCGCAUGCAGGCAAUGCCCGAUGGCGUUCUCUUGCCUUGUACAUUUCGGUUCGAGAAGAGUGUUCCAGUUCUUUUCGAGUUACUACAAUUUUAUCUUUUGAUUUAUUUUUUAAUCAGUUCAAUAAAUUAAAUUAGAAGUAAACUGUAAAAUAUGAACAUUAUUUUUGUUUUGCGUCCAUUCAGCCGCAUUUGAUUCAGUCAAUGGUUAUUGAGUCAAUUGGGUUUUUAGAUCAUCCCCUUGAAGCUCAAUCUCUGAAUGCAGAAACUAUAUGAGUACUCUCUCCUCCGCAGAGGUUUCAAUGAGCUUUACAUGGCGUUUAGUGUAUCGAACCGCUGUGUGGAAGACGCGCAGGCGAAGAAAGCAGGAAGCGAAACGCUUUCUUCGAAAACACCACAGAGUAGAGACAUACAGCGACGUAACUAGUGUACCCACUUUUUUUGUGCGCAUGCUCGGCAAGUUACUAGAUACAUGCAUCUGAUUGGAUGACGACCUGAUGACGACUCACUUUAAACUUGCUGAACACGCGCAGUUGAUCAUUUUUUGCCCGGUCGCCUGAAAAAAAGUAAGUACAUGAAAACGUAAGCUUCCGCAGUGUUUACAACGGUCAGUUACGUCUCUGUAUGUCUCUACCCUGUGAUGACACAGAAACCUCUGCGGAGGAGAGAGAUAUGAGUACACAGCAACGAAUUAGGACAGAAAACCUAUACAGGGUGUAUCAAAAAAAGCGCAAUCCUCGACUGAAAUGUAAAUUGCUAAACAAAUAAUAGACGAAAACGUUAAAGUUUACAUUCAUUUUAAAGCGUAGCCAUUCAGCUUUCUAACGGUGGGUUGUUUCUAAAAUUUGAUUCAUUGGUUCGCGGGUAAUAAUACUUUACGUUAUUGCGAUUGGAGAUUAAAAAAAUUGAGAUGGAAUAACAAAUCGUUCUCAUGAGAUGGAAUAACAAUCGUUCAUUAAAACAAACAAAUGUUGCAUUUUAUUAAAUGGAUUGUAACAAUAAGUAUAAUUACGGCUUUUCUUCCACUAUUUUUAACUCAGUUUGAAACUUCAAAUGCGAUAUAAUUUUGGCUUGGACGAGUUGGACCAUCUAAGCUGACUGACAUCAACUUGCUAUAAUUUCUGCUUACAUUACAUCGCAAUUCGAUGACAUUCUGGCUCAGACACCAGAAUGUUUUGACGAUUUUUAGCAUUCGUUUAGGAUUUUCAAACAACCUGGUGGUUUUCCAGAUGUAGUGACGACAACAUUAAAGUUUAAAGAAGAAAAUUCUAACAUUUAAACCGACUAAACAAUAACAUAGUAAACUUGCAUAAUUAAACAGCAACUAAAAAUGAUAGGUUUACUAAAUCUUUUCCUGUGCAAUUAUUACUAGCAUUGGAGACAAGGAUAAUAGUUUGUUUGAAAGAGAAAAGAACAGGCUUUGAAGUAAGCCUAAAAGCGUUUAACUAGAAAUAGUAUUUCGAAAGUUAUUAAGCACAAAAGAUGAAUUGCGUUUAUUUUGAUACAUCCUGUAUAUAAAAGUGUAUUUGAAUAAACCUUUUUAUAGAACCGUUUAUAAUAGCACUUCACCACUUGGACUUGGUAUGCCAUUGCGUAGUCCGGAAGUUUAUAUAUGAAAGAAGCGUCCCAGGUCUUAUUGAAUUGUCAAUAUUGAGUUCUGUUACCAACCAGCUGCAUCACGUAAAUUCGUGUUUCUUUAUGUACUAUAGUAGCAUAAGUAGCUUCACUUGACAGAUCGACUCUAAACAGUAAUUUUAAGUAUUAAAAACUAGAACUUGGUUUCAUUGCUUAUAUAUGGUGUUGUGCUAAGCUUGGGUAUUAUAGUAAUGCCAGAGGAAGUAUAAGAAUUAAGAAUAAAAAAUGUCCUAAAAUGUUCAGGACUACCUACAUGCUAUUGGUUGAUUGGCUGCAAUAUUCAAACCUAUAGAUGAGUUCUGCGGUAUUUAGGAUUACGUGAGUACAGAACUAUUUGCUCGAAACGUUUAAACUUUUAAAUAAUAUAAAUAGUCUUAUAAUUGAAAAGCUUAUAAGGUUUCCAGAAGACCUCUAUGACAUAUAGUCACAACAGAAAGGAAAAAAAAUGUAAAUAAUUUUUGUGCGUUUAAAAAACCGUGUGUGUUUAAAUUAAUCUCUAUUCUUGCGAGAAUUUACUGCAAAUGAAGGUUCUAAAUUCCCUCUCUAAAAAAGCUUGAAUAAUUUAUCUAAUUAUUUUGAGAACAACCAAGGUGACCUGUUGUUGACAAUCGUCUUUGUUUUCGCAUGCAGUUGUUUGUAGCAUGUCCCCUUUCCCACCAGAGAGUUUCCAGUUUGACUGUGUCACUGUACAUGUUUUCACCAGGUACCUUGGUUUCAUAUAGCUGUAAGAACUAGGACUAGUAGGAUGGUAAAACGUAUUUAAAUAUUGAGGCUAUUGCUGCUCUGUGUCAUAACAGGUUCUAACUGUUACAGGACUUACAGUGCAGAUCUGAUUCGACUGGACAACAAACUGUGUAGAUAUACGCAGUUGCUUUUUGUGACCACUACUAUCUGAAACAUAUAACUGCAUCCAAAUACUCCAAAUCAUCGUAUGGUGACUAAGCCUUGCUGUAUUAAGGCGGAUCUCCUCUAGAUGGAUUGAAGUAAAUGGAUUAUAUUUUUUUCUCAGGUUUAUGGCGCACGAGACAGACGGAAGAUAUGGACAGUGAUCGUGAAAUGCAUGUUAAAACAACUCUCCGUGAAUUGGUCAUCUACAUUUUCUUCAUUGUCAUUCUCUGCAUAU